GGUUGAAAAGCUGGAGGGAGGAAGCAGAGACCACAUUGGACCUGAUCAGCCUCAGAGAAGAUGCUGCCCCUCCUGUCCUUGUUGGCCAGUGUCCUACUCUCCGGGGUUGAAGGAGGAGCGAUCUACUGGGGUAAAGAGGCCAAACCACACUCCCGGCCCUACAUGGCAUUUAUACAGGUCAAUGGUGACCGAAAAGGUCAAUGUGGGGGGUUCCUGGUGCAAGACAACUUCGUGUUGACAGCAGCUCACUGCAAAGGAAGCGAAAUGAAUGUCACGCUGGGAGCUCACAACAUCAAAAAGAAGGAAAAGACCCGGCAGGUCAUCCCUGUGCUCAGACCUUUCCCCCACGAGGACUAUGAUGCUGAGAAACUUAUCAAUGACAUCAUGCUGUUGAAGCUGAAAAAAAAGGCCCAACUCACCAAGACUGUGAAGCCCAUUGCCCUGCCGCGUCCUCGGGACGUGGUGAAGCCCGGGCAGGUGUGCAGCGUGGCGGGCUGGGGAGAAAUGGCAGAUGGCAACUCUCCAGACACACUUCAGGAGGCAGAUCUAAAAGUGCAGGCUGAGAAGACGUGCAAGGAUCUCUUCCCAAAUGACUACAACAACUCCAUCCAGCUGUGUGUGGGAAAACCUAAGUCCAAGAAGGCCACCGCAAAUGGGGACUCUGGGGGCCCAUUUGUUUGUAGAGGUGUGGCCCAAGGCAUCGUCAGCUAUGCUGACGAUGAGAGUCCUGAGUUACUUCCCCAGGUCUUCACCAGAAUCUCCAGCUUCCUGCCCUGGAUCCACAAAACAAUGAAACUCUCCAGGGGUAACUAGACCACUGCCACUUGUUCAUGGUCUCCAUCUAAAUGUGGGGGCCACUUCUGACUCGUAAUAAACACCACCUCCCAG